AUGAAUCAAAAUCUGGAAAAAAGUCGAUCUUCUACCUACCGUACCAUCAAACACCGAGCCUACGACCUAGUUCUAGAGGACGACCGAAAUUCAGAAGAUGACGAAAAUUUGGAGGUGUGA